CUUUCUUGGACUUGGCUGGUUGUUGUAUAACGCUCUUAGUUUAAGCCCCGCCCUUAUUUUUUGGUUAUUAUACAACUAAGAGGGAGAAAGCACUAAUACUUUCUAGGUAAAGCUCAGCCCCGGAAGCUUUAACGGGUAUUUUGUGGUGAGAGUGGGCAAAAAUGACCUGGCAGUAUGCUGUUGGAUUCACAGUCUUGCCCCAUAUUGGGGGUUUUGCUGGUGGGGUGAUAACUCGAAGAGAGGUGCCCACGUGGUAUGCAUCACUGAACAAGCCAUCUUGGCGGCCACCUAACAAAGCAUUUCCUGUUGUCUGGACAACACUUUACACUGGAAUGGGGUAUUUGACUGUAUUACCUAGUGCUGUCCCAUUUCUCUCCCCAUCUCGUCUUUCCUAUCGUGUAGUUGCUGCUUUUGUGGAACUUUUGUUUCUCUACGGAGCUGCUGCUGCUACCACAGUCUCCUACUAUUCUGUCAACAGGACUGCAAGCCUGCUUAUGGUGCCAUACUUGGCUUGGCUUUCACUUGCUGCUUCUCUUAACUAUCGCAUCUGGAAGGACAACCCUGAUGCAGAUUCGAAGAAGAAUUAAAAAAAAAAAAAAAAAAAAAAAAAAUGGAGGGAGAGCGAGCGAGAGAGAAUCUGUCUUGUAACUAAAGCAAUUAUGAAAGGAACAAUUUGAGGCUGUUGCACUGUGCCUUAAUGGUCACAAUGUCUGCUUAAUAUUUUGCAGAUUUGUCACCAUUUUUUUUUUUACUAUUUUAUUGGCUUGUAUGGUGGUACUGUAGUGGCAUGUAGUUACUGGUGUUUUGUGUAUGUUACUUCAUAUUUUAACAGCUAGCCAUGUUGUGGCAUGACUACCCCCCUUCCCUUUGCUUGCAUGAUUUGCAGAUAUCCCAAACUACUUGGACCUGCUUCAGCAGUAUACCACACUCUGUUUGCUCUCUUAGAUGGACCUUGGUGUAAUACUUUGCCAGAUGUGAUCCCCUGGUAUCCCUUACAGUUGUGGUAAACAGGUUAAUGGGCUUUGGGAGGCCAUGCUCCAUUUGUUCUUUCUGAAAGGGUGGUGAGUCCGGUUGCCUAAUAACAUUAUGGCUUACACUGACUGCUAUAAUGCCAUGGAAGUGUUUGCAAGUGUUACUCUGGUAACUGCUUCAUCAUGCAUCUUGGUGUGCUGUCAGUCACCCAACUUGUACUAGCAUGGGGUGAAUUGGGCAGAGCGGGCAGCAUGGAAGUGACAGACAUCAGAACCUUACUCUAUGAAGGAGGGGCAUUCUCCGAGAGAUUUUCAGUGUUUCCAUCAGCAGUCCUGAUAUUUGGAGUUCAUUUGCAAGCACACUACUGCAGAUGGUUAUUUUGCAUUUACAGCAACUCUGAGGAAAGAGAAUGAAACGUGGUACUUUCGUUACUGUCAGCAGCUGGCCUUCCACAUGUUCUAAAUUGCAUUUAAAUGUCGGGUGCAAGAUCUGGCUGCUUAAGGUUGUUGUAAAACACCUUCUGCUGUCCAUGAUGUUGAAAGCUGCGUGUGAGGUGUCUCUUUCCAUGUUUUCAUUAAUUUUGGAACCACUACUUUCAACACAACGCAGAUGUAUAUAGCUUGUGUUCAGCCAUGUCUUCAAAACAGUUUAAUGAUACCAGUAGAAAACGGGCUAGGUAAUGCACUGAUUCCAUUGCAUUUCCUCACCUAGCACCAGUCAGUAAUAUCUGAAAAUGACAUAUACUGCCAUGGUUUACCUUGUGAAUUUGGUAUUAUACCACUGUACAGUCUACCAUUUUACACAUUGUAGAGCCAAAAAUGUUACAUCAGCAGGAAUAAAUACACAUGUAUCGUUCUAAACUGAUGCUCUAUAAUAUAUGUGCCUUAAACUCUUCUGAUACUUCCUGAAUAAGACAUUAAUCAGCAUAGAAAAGCCAGCACCUGUGAUAAGUGUAUUGCUUCAAGUUGUGCCAAAGGAGGCCUAUUGUAGAGACCAUUGAUGAUCAUAAGGCCACUACUGCAGUGCUGUUCUUUAAACAUGGAAUUUAGCCACAGGUUGGUGGCUGCCCAGGAAGAGACUCUUCCAUGCAAGAAUGCAUGUCUCUGUUCCAGGUAAAAGACUCUACCAACCAUGCCAUCUUUUUUUUCUUAUUUGCAUUAGAAGUAUGCACUUAUGUAAAUUGACAUUGUUUUUUUCUAAAGCUUCUGUUGAGAAUCAUCCAGGAAAUAAGUACCUCAUUGAGGAAUGUUUUAUUGCUGUAAAGUAUAUUUACUAGUGAAAUUUGUAAGGAAAGCUGUUGCAGUUCCCCAGGGUUUUGUGAACUCUCAACAGGGUUCAUCAGACACCACCUCGACAGUGAGCCAUUUAGCAGACAACAUGGUAGCUGCAGGCAUCCAGAAGUGUAAAAAUGGUCCUUGGUGCCAGUUUCUUAGAGAAAGCCAGGUCCUAGGCAGGUGCAAGAUGUUUACUUCAGCCACUCCAAAUGUAGCUAGUAAAUAUAAAGAAUAUCUCUACAGACUGAAAACUUGUGUGCAGAAACUCUGGAGGAGUCGUCCCUCCAUUCCCAGGUCCUGAAGAUGAUUCACCUUUCCAAAGAGUCCAGUAUCUGAUCACUUGCAGUUUCAAUGCAGUGGCUGCUAAUUAUCCAGGUCUGUUGAUAGCCCCCCUUUGUGCAAGGGGGUGACUGCUGUCCUCUAUUUAUCCAACACAAAGCCUCCUUGGAAGCUGAUUAGUAGCCCCUGCGUGUGUGGUGGAGGUUGGAGGUGCCCAGACAACUCCUGUUUCAGGCUUACUCAGUAAGCAGCCCUGUAUGUUAUCUAGCACCAUGGAAGUAGUGGUCUUGGUCUUAUUUCCUUAAGUACUUGUUUUUGGGGGAAUUUGAGGGGGAAGGUAGAGAUGUGAGCAAGAGCGGCCCUAGGUCAACUGGUGCCCUAGGCAAAAGGGAUCCACGGCGCCCCCCAACACAUUACCUUGUGCCCCCAUCCUGGUCUACCUACACCAAAUAAAUACUGGAAAAGCACCCCUGCUAGACUGGCACCCUAGGCGGCCGCCUAGUUGGCCUAUGCCUAAGACUGGUCAUGGAUGUGAGUAUGUGAUCUGGAAAUAUAGGAGGGGAGAGAGGUGAAGUUUAGAGCUAACCUUGUCUGCUAGCAGAUUGGCUAUGACUUCUGGGUCUGACUAUGAGUAUGUGAUAUAUAUCUUGCUAUUGGCUCUACUAUUGGCACUGUUGCGCAUUAUUUGAGAUUCAUAACAUAGUUAAAGGAAGCUUUGUGGAUAUCCUUUCCCUAGGUGAUUGAUUCCUUAUCUGGUUUGGUUGAGUUGACAGGAGUCCUGAGUUCCCUCUUGAAUUUAGCAAGGCUGUUAGCAGCACCUUCAGAGUUUAAUUUUAUUUUUGUGUGCAAUGCUUGUAUUUUAGUGUCCGUUUAUAUUUGGAUUCCACCACAGUGGUUUAUUCUUAAAUAUCAGUACUGUAUGUCCCUAUUUAGAUGUGCAUAGAAUUUGACAUUAAAGAACUCCACAUAAUUAGUGGGAUCUUCAGAUUGAAAGGGAAUUUUGAAUUUAGUUUAGUCAUUACUCUGUUUUUAGUAGAUUAGUUUUUGCUUAAUCUCAGCAUAUGAAGGUAUUGGAAGAUUCUUAUGGCUAAGUUUCUCUCUUGACCAGAAAAGUGGCAGUUGGGAGAACAAAGCUGUCCCACAUUACUAAGGACCAAGUCCAGAAUUUUAUUUCCUCUGGUUGGGGUGAAGACUAACUGGUCCAUAGUCUUUGCAUUGAUGAAGCACAGACAUUUGUGGGCAUAAAUGUUUGAGGAUGUAAAAGUCUCCCAGUUAAUAGGGAUGAGUAUGGUUUCCUAGGAAAACAGUGGGUGGCUUAGUGCAUAGGGACAUCAUACUAGUUAGGAUGAAUGAUCUGAAGGGAUCCUGUAGCUGGCUAUGAUGCAAGGGGUUUUAUUAAUGGAAACUUAGAUGUGGUGGAGUUACCUUGUUUAAUUAAUCCAGACUUGAGUUGUUUUAAGAAUAUGGCAACACUUCAGGCUUUAGCACCUUCAUCCAGUACAGUAGGCCUGAGUGUGUGGUGGGCAUUAAAAGCUCUGCACUUGGAGACCUCUCAUCAGUCUUGAGCCAGGUCUCCAUGACUGUGCAUAUUUCGGUGAGCUUUCCAGGUUAAGGAGUGCUUGUAGAAAGUGGAGUUUUUGUUUAGGCUCCUUGCGUUCAACAGCAGUACCUUUAUCCAGACUCUGUUAUAUUGGAAGUUUUAGAAGACUGAUAGUAAUAAUAAUAAAAUCAAAGGUUUAGCCAAUAUAGAAAAGAUUUUUGGGGGGGGGAAUAUGUGCAGCCAUCCCUGGGAAAGUAGUUAAGGCAGUCUGCCAUCUUCUCACAGGAAGAUUGUGUGUAUAAUAUAAUACAUAUUUGGAUUACAAAUAAUAAGUUACUCCUUCAAUACCAGAAUAUUGCAGCAUCAUUCUUGGUGGUAGAAUACAGCUUAAGGCUAGGUUCAUUACUGCUUCAGACACACAUUCUAAGAAAUCUGUAUCUGUGGUCUGUCUCAUGUUUACACCCACAUGUACAAUGACUGUGUCGUGUAUUUGAGUGCAUGUCUAAUUUGGUGACUCCUGGCACCUGAUAGGCAACUGCCUGUGACAAGAGUGGUGCUUCUGUGUGUUUUACUAUGGGAGUCUCUUGUGCCUAGGAUAUUGGAAUGAGUGGAGGUUUGCCUUGUUGGCUUUUGACUGUUUUCAUGCUGGGUGCUGCCUGUGUUGCUCAUGUGCUGCAGAGAGUGCUUGUUUCUAAUGUUAUGUUUAGAAGUUUGUGGUUUAGGCAAGUUACUUUCACUACCCUUAUUUUAGUUGCUGUACCAGAAAGAGGAGGUACCAUAGUGGGAUGAAGGAUCCUGUUCUUACUUCUGCCUUUUUCUGAUACCCAGUGGCGGAUUUAACCUUUUAAGAGCUGACCCUAUUUUAAGUACCCAAAUUCAAAAUGCUGCUCCUGUCCUUAUUCACAAGCACCACUGAAAUGUUUAAGGUGGAGUCAGACCCUCAUAUUAAUUUUGCUGUUUGGGCUCUGUUCACUGUUCAGAGUGUCGUGUAUGGCCCCUGUGGUAGCUGCUUUAAAGGAUGAAAGGUUCCAUAUCUGUGACUUCCUCCUGCAGGUCCAAACACAGUAGAAAGCCCUACAGCCUGAAAAUUGACACACAUUAUCUCACUUUUUCCUAAGCAGGAUGCAGAUUUUCUCCGGUUUUGCACUGAGGAUGGAAGACUGCAGGUUGGACUUCAAGGACAAUGCUCUUUCCUUACAGACCUUACAGGAGGCUGACAGAAGACUUCUUGAAAGCUGUAGGGUGUACUGAAUCAGUCCGGUCUGAUCCCUCUGACCUUGCUGGGGAGGGGGCUCACUUGGGUGGGCGGUGAUGCUUGGUACAGGGAGCAUGGUUUCGUUUGGAGCAGUUUAUAGUUCCGUAUAAAUGGAGCUUCUUGUGUCACUAACACUCAAAACAGUAAAGUGAAAACCAAAUAUUCUCCAGCUCUGAUUGAAAAACACAGCAAUAUGGUAUAUAAGCAGGAGGUAGCAAGCUUAAUCCAUUGUCUAGACUUGGCUCGGAGAUGUACAUGUUAUCACAAUGCAGUCUGGAAUUUCAGACACUGCACAUACCCUACUAAUGCAGCAGCAUUGCAGACCAAGUCUUACAGGUUACUUGUGGGAAACUACAAAUGCAAACUGGAUAUAGAAGUGUUCCAGGUAGCUGAAAGACAAAUGUGGGUUCCAGGAGAUGGAUACAUCGGUCUGUACAAACUGUCAGCCCCUGGUAUACUGCUAGUCUGUCCCUUCAGAGGAGUGUAGAGAGGGCAGCAUACAUUCCUGUAUGCCUUCCCCCAGUAUCUGUGAUCCCAUUGGUGAUGGUGAAGGUUUGUAGGGAGCAAUUUAGCAUGAUCCACACUGUUGGUGUGGUCCCGCAUUGCUGACUUUCAGUGGUGACUGAACUAACAAAGGUACUACAUGCCUUCUACCAAAGAGUAUAAACAAGCUCAUACAGUGCUGGAACUCUUACAAUCAAACCUUUGUGGGCUCUGACUUAGAAGAUCUGGCAAUUUUUCUUUUGGGAUGUGCUGUCCAGUUUGAAGAAAGCCAGGAACCCUAGUACAAAAAUGCACCUUGCAUAAUGGGACAGAGAAGUGAGGACCCACUUAAAGCAGGGGUGCACCUUAUUCAUUUCUCUGAUCUUAGAAGUAGCUGUUUCUGCUGUCUGUCUGCUUUCCUGUAGUAUUUCGUUUUGGCAGGUGUCAUGUUAGUCGAGCAGUUCUUGGGAAAAAAAAUUACUACUUUCAGCCUCUGAGAAGACCUACAUCUCCACUGUGACACCUUAAUUUUGUCCUUUAAUUACUGAUCCUGGACCCUUUUCAGCAUGUAGGUUAGGUGUUGCUCAAAUUCUUAACCUAUGAAGUCUAGUUUGUUGGUAGUACUCGCUUCUACAGGAGGGUUCCUGGAGCUGUAAACUCUGGUGGAAAAGGAACCCUUCAGUCUUGCAUGAAUAGAUAUUACUUGGACCAGAUGAAAGCUUUCCAACAUUUUGGUCUGUCGCUUGCAUUCUUUGGGCAGAGUUUUUCAAGUGGAUAGUGAACCAGUCUUCUAUGAGAAUGGUAGACCACUGCAGGAAAGUAAAGCCCACUCAACAAGUUAGCCUUCCGGUCCUCUUGUUUGAGGCAGCCAUCUGUUCAUCAGUCCACACUUUUUUCCAGAUGCUGUAAAAUUAGAUACACUGCCCAUUGAGCAAAAUUUAAAAUGGCGUCCCUUCAGGGUAUUCUGACGGACCACCUGGAGUAACUCCAUGGUUUCCCCUAAAACCAGUGAAAGAGAACCAUGUGAAGUUUUUUUUUAUAUGUAAUGAAUAGUACUUUCAACACUGAUGCUAUGAAGAACAUCAAGUUGUGGGAACUUACUGUAAUGGCAGAUGUUUUGGUAAGAUAACUGUGUGUAAGCCUCCACCUACCUUUCCCAAUAUGACAGCACUCUUAGGGCUCCACACUGAGGCCGAACACCUUAUGAAAGUAUAUUCCAAGAGUGACAGCCUUGACAAUCCAAGACUGGCUCUUUGGAUGUGAGCUCCACAUUGGUUUUGAUGGUUUAUGUAAUAAGCAUGGCUGUUGCUGGCUUUUUUUUUUUUCUGGGAUGUGGGUAUUUAUCCCUUCAGAGAAGAUGUCGGCUUACACAUGUGAGCAGAGCUCUGCCAGCUGGACAGUUGUUGAGUCCCAUAUUUUAAUGAACAAAAAACUGCGGUGGUGGUGCUGCAGUAGCGUUGUCGCCUCACAGUAAGACAUCCUGUUCGAUUCUCAGCUAGAGCAUCUUCUGUGUGGAGACAUGCGUGCAUGGGUGUACCUUCCUUGAAGGAUGUGCAUCAGGGCCGGCAACUCGGCACGUAAAAAUAUACUGCCAAUCAGAGUUUUGUCCCCCUUCAGUUUAUCUCCCCCAAUGAUUUUGUUGGGGCAUCUUUCCUCAUGAACUAAAUUUCAGUUUUGUUUAAAGUAAUCCCUCUAGCUGCUGCCCAUGACCACUCUUGUCCACCAUUUUCCUUCUGAUAUGACUCAUUGUGUGGGUGAAUAUUCUAAGUUGUGUCUCUUGUGCUUGUUUGGUACUUCAGGUAUUUCCUUUUCAGCCUCCACCCUGGUACUCUUCAGAAUGUUAGUAUUUUUUCUGUUUGGAUGCUCAUAGUCCUUCACUUAGUACUCCUAGCUUGCGACUGUAAGUUUAGAUGUAGUUCCACAUUUCAGUAUCUGGUGUGUUCUGCUUCUGUGUGUCUUUAUAAUCCCUGGGGGUGACUGCCUGUAUAUGCUGUGGUUUCCACAGUGCAUCAUCAUGUAUUGCUUGCUUAACCCUCUGCUGCUGCCUGGAGCCGUCUGGUGGACUGCAAGGCCUGUUUUUAAGCAUUUUCCCCCAUGUUUUAGAAUUGUCCUGACCGUGGUACUGUCAGAUUCUUGCUAUACUCCACAGAGCUGAGACAUGAGAAGUGGGGAGAACCACUUUUAAGAAAUGCAGCACUAUUACCUGCUUGUUGCCUCACCACUCUCCUCCAUUCACUUGUCUAACUUGGUCCAUCCAUUUUUAUGGCUUUCAUUGGGCCUCAACCUACUUACCACUGCCUUGUUGUGAAGGCAUUAUAGGUUUGAUGAGUCUCCUUGAGUCUGUGUGUUGAUACUGACCUGAUUGCCAGUCUUCAUUUGAACAGACUGAAGAGGACUCUGGGAUUUCUAACAUUUUCUUACAGUAAGGUUUGUGGCAUCAGUUGCUCACAGAACAUCUACUUGCUUUUUAAUAUUUUUGAGUUCUUCCAUGCAGUCCCCACACUGUUCUGCCUCACUAAUGAACAAUACUGGAACUCUUCCAUACUCUGUACCCUCUGUUUUGGUGAACUCUCACACACCUGUGCUUUCUGAUGCAGCCAUUUUUCGUUUAUCUAAUAAACACCCCAGAAUUUUGUCAAGUUGUCUGUGUUUUGUCACUUGCUACUACUUUGCUGUCAAAAGCAAAUAUCUCUGCAUGCAUUUAACGUGUAAUUUGCUCCAAAAAAUGUUGACAUGUCUGGUUUAUUUUUGCUGUACAACUGUUUUCCCUUGGCCAUGUAACCCACCAUGACUGGUCUUCCCUUUCCAUACAUGUUCUCUUCCCCCUGUUUGUUUUUCUGUAUACUUGCCUCUCCCCUUGCGAUUCCCUCAAGCAUCACUAAUAACUUGCUGUGUCAUGCAGCUCUUCCUGCCCCACCGAACAGCUUGUUUUUUUGUACUGAAAUGGGUAUGAAGUCUCAAGUUAAAUUAAAAUUAUGAUUUGAAGUAAUAACCACUAACUGCAUAUAAGCUAAUGUGAGAGACUGAAAUUUUAACACUGAUUUUGUUUUGGUUAUGUGGCUCAUUCUACCUUACGACAACUCCUGGCAAGAUAAAAUAUAGAAUGUCUGAAAGGUAGUAUGUCUGUAAACCAGUAUCUUCAUGCAGCAACUGAACAUGUAUGCCAAGAUGAAUUUACUUUUGUACAUUUUUUUUUACUGCCAUGCACCAAAAUAAAAUGUUCACACUCUUAA